CAAUGUCAGAAACGAAACUCUGAAAACUACCUCAUGAAGCGGUGACUGAGCCGGUAAACAUCACAUCCUUUCUUAUUUUAAUAUUUAAACUUUAUGCUAAUGGAAACGUAACGACCAGCUUCUUCCUGGUUGUUUAACUUUUGGAGCUAAAGACAGAAACAUGGUCGGCUAACCGAUUCUUCGCGUCAGUUUUUCCAGCUUGUUGUCAAGCUGCGACAGYAGGACCCACCUGACAACUCACAUGAUUGAACAACUAGCAGACAACAGGAAGCACGUUUUCAUCAUCUGUUUCUGAUUUUAGGUGUCCUGACAGAUAAGCGGGUUGUCRCUUAGAGUUUCUUUAAAAAAUAAAAAAUAUGUUUGGUAAAAAUAAGAAAGCACCGACGGCGCCUAAAGGCCAGGGCGCCGCUGCGGCCAAGCAGAUGGGUCUGUUUGUUGACAUGAUGAACCCCGAGGARAUGAUGAUGGGAGUGGGGGAGAACGACUCGGACCUGGAGGCAGAACUCGCUGCCAUCACCGGAAGUAAACCCGUGAAAGGAAAAGGCAAACAGAAAGGCAAAGGCCCUCUGCCCAUGGAAGACAUCGCAAAAAUGGCUGACGAGUGCAUGAGAAACGUGGAUGAGGAUGACGACGAAGACGUUGAAGAUGAUGAAGACCUCUUGGCCGAGCUCCAGGAAGUGGUGGGCGAGGAGGAAGCUGAGGGCGAGGAGUCGGCUCCCCCCACGUUACCUGCCACCGCAGAGUCUUCUCAGGCAGAAACAGCCGAGGCCCUGGCGGCGCAGCAGCAGGAAGUGAAGAGCUCAGCGGCAGCAGCAGAACCCGGCAGCCUCCAGCACACACUGGAGGAGCGAGUCACCAUGUACAGAACGGCUCUGAAGAACGCCAAAACCACAGGGGAGACGUCCAAAUCCAGGAGAUACGACCGCGGUCUGAAGACUCUGGAGUCGAUGUUAGCCGCUCUGAAAAAGGGGAAACCUGUAAACGAGUCGGAGAUCCCCCCGCCCGUCGCUACCGGAGCCCCGAGCGUCGACCCCCAACCCGCCGUUCCCGUCGGGACGUCCACCCAGCAGGAGGAGUCGGGCGCCGUCGUUGCACCGAGCGGCGAAGAGGAGGAGCAGUCUUCCUCCUCAGCUCCUCCCGCUCUGAGCAGCCUCCCGUCUCCUGAGGAGGAACCCGAAGGAACCGCUGGCGUCUCGGACCGGACCGACACGAAGGAGGCGACGAAGACGAUGCUGUUAGAGCGGCAGAAAGAAUACAAGAUGGCUGCUCUGAGAGCCAAGAAACUGGGAGAGCUGGAGCGAGCCAAGGUUCACUUUCUGACCAGUAAGAAGUUCGACGCGGCGAUCGAAGCGUUGGAGAAAGGAGAACCGGUCGACCUCGCAGGUCUUCCUCCGUCUCCAGAAGAAGGUGCAGCAGGAAGUUCUGGACAGAAACAACCUGCUGCAGCUCCUGCCGCUCCCUCGGCUCCCAAGGACGUUCUGGAGGCUCUGGAACAGAGACGAGMGAAAUACGCCGAGGCGUCCAAUCAGGCCAAAGCUGGCGGAGACGACCGGAAGGCCCGAAUGCACGACCGCAUCGCUAAGCAAUAUCAGAGCGCCAUCCGAGCCCACAAAGCAGGACGAGCCGUCAACUUCGACGAGCUGCCGGUUCCCCCSGGAUUUCCUCCGAUCCCGGGCCAGAAGGCGCCGGCGGCAGAGCAGGGUUUUGUCACUGCUCUCGAAGCGGCCAAUCAGCUCGCUGCCCCUGGUGACGCUGCAUCAGAAGAGGAAGAGGAAGAGCCGAAGCUCGUUCCAGAAAAGCARAAAAAACCCACGCUGGACGUCCCAACAGCCGAUCCAGAAGAAUCUCAGCCGGCAUCGCCCGAGGGAUCCACUGAGGGGGAGGGGCUUUCCCCGACAGCGGCCCAGCAGCUGGAGCUCCUGGAGGGCCGCAGGAAGCAGUACCUGAAGGCGGCUCUGCAGGCCAAACAGAAGCAGGACGUGGAGCAGGCCAAGCUGUUCCUCCGCACCGCCAAGACCCUGGACCCCCUGAUCGAAGCGGCUCGCGGCGGCAAACCAGUGGACCUCAGCGMGCUGCCGUCGCCCCCCGGUGACGAAGACGAGGACUUCAUCCUGGUUCAUCACAGCGACGUGCAGAUUUCCAGCAAAGCGGAGCAGGUUUACACUCAGCUGGCCAACAUCCUGCAGGAGCAGCAGCAGAAAUGUUUGACUCACUCCAAGCAGUUCACACACCUCGGCAACGUCAGCGAAACGACAAAGUUUGAGAAGAUGGCACGAAGCUGUGAGAAGAGUCUGCAGGUGCUGAAGUUGUCUCAGUCCAGAGGCCUGCCUCCUCCCAAACAUCACUUUGAGGAGAAAUCAUUUCGGACUGUGAGAAUAUUUCCAGAGCUGAGCAGCAGCGACCUGCAGAUCAUCAUCGUCAAAGGGCUGAACCUUCCUGCUCCCAACGGGAUUCAACCCAAUGAUUUGGAYGCUUACGUGAAGUUUGACUUCCCGUUUCCCAGCGCCGAGCAGCCGCAGAAACACAAAACAAAUGUCAUAAAAAACACUAACUCACCAGAAUACAACCAGAGCUUCACACUGUCCAUCAACCGGAACCACCGAGGCUUCCGGAGACUCGUGGCGUCUAAAGGCCUGAAACUGGAGCUGCUGCACAAAGGGGGUUUCCUGCGGAGCGACAAGCCGAUCGGGUCGGCGCUCGUGAAGCUGGACAAACUGGAGUCUCAGAGUGAAAUCAGGGAGAUYGUGGAGGUGAUGGACGGCCGCCGGCACACAGGAGGCCGUGUGGAGGUGAAGGUCCGGCUGCGGGAGCCUCUGAGCGGUCAGGACGUCCAGACGAGCACGGAGCGCUGGCUGGUCAUCGACUCGUCUCAGGGCCUCGUUUAGACGCUGCUUCAAAAUAAAAGCUGAACAGCUCUCAAUCAAAAACACUCGGAGGAGGAUCUGGUUCCUGAACCUUUUGCACAUUCAAAAGCUCCUUUUUGCAUGGCGGUCCACUAGGAGGAGGCUUCGGCUCGGUAACCGGACCGGCCGCCGAGGGAUCCGGACGGUAGAUCAUUUUUAAUUUAAAGGAGGGAACUCCACGGAGCAGCGAUCCGAGCGUUAGCGGCGCUUCUUUAAUAACAUAACCAAGAACGUGUGUUUAUUCUGGUCUGUAGAAGUCCAACUAUGCACUAAUACCAAAGUAAUCAAAGUUGCUGUAAAAUUCUGCGGAGAUAAAAUAGUUGCCAAACUCGUUAGGACRCUGAGAGAAUUUAUAUUUAUACCAGACGCACCUUAGGUUGUUGGGAGCUAAAGCCAAGAAAUGUCCCACGUUUUGUUUUUCGGCACUUUUCAUUUGAAGCUGCACGGCCACGUCAGGGGGGCGGGGCUUCAGGUUUACACCGAACAGCACAAAACUGCAGAGAACAGAAGAAACGUCAGAGGCUCUUAUCUGUAACGGAUUUUAUUUAUUUUAGUUCAAGUUUGUGCCUAAAAGCUGCGAUUUAUUUUCAGAAUGAGGGCUGGAAAUGGGUCAACGUCGGAGAAGGCGGAGUCUCACUGAGCUGCGACAUAAAAUGCGAGUUUUUUUUUCCUAAGGCGCGCAGCGCGGCUCGCACAUUAUUUUAUUGUCCACCUCGGCAGCUGCCAUGUUUGUGAUUCUAUCAGCAAACCUUUAAAAUGAACACAAGAUUUAAACCUGUUAUUAUUUUUUCCCCCCGAUAAUUAGGGUUAAGGUUACGCCACGACUGAACAUUUAAAAAUAAAAGUUGUCCGAUUAAACCUGAGAACAUGACAUUCUGGUCACAAAAACUCAGUUCAGUGAGACUAACAAAGUCGCAGCUCAGUGAGAAAAAACAGGAUCACAUUUCAAGACUUUUAUUGGGAUUAAUUUAAAGGGCCAGUUCACUAAAAACAAAGCUAUACUUCAUAAAACAGGUCAAAUCUGCAGGUUUUCCUAAAACCUGUGAAAUCGCUUCGUAUGAAAGGCGUCACUUGAAAAAGUUAAUGGUUCAUGUUUAGAUAAAAUAAAAAAAUGUUUUCUUCCCAUUAGAGCUCGAGACAAAAGCAGAUGCUCUGAAGGACUGAACAGCUUCAGAGACAAAGUUUAAUUUGAGAGAACUGACCCUUUAAUUUAGAGAUAAGAAGCCAUGAAUGUUUUGAGCCACAAGUUUAUACCUCAGUUUGGUCCCAACAUUUCUUUAAGCUUCAGACCCAAGUUAGCAAAAAAAAAAAAAACAUUUAAACUGCAGAUGUUACAGAUUACAUGUUUACAAAAAACCUGUUUAUAUUUUCUGACAAAAUAAAAAAGAUGUGGAAUCGAAGUCGGAGGGUUUUUAAAUUGUUCUGAUGCUUCAAUUCUAUCAAAUACUUUAAGGUUUUA